AUGUCCCCUUCCAUCACCGACAACACCACACCCGAGGUCGCCCUCGAGCACACCACCCCCGCCGUCGCCGCCUCUACACAGCCGCCGGUCAUCGGGCGCACCAACGACCUCUUCUCGCUCGGCAAUCGCACGGUCGCGAUCACCGGCGGCGGCCGGGGACUGGGGAUUGUGCUGGCCGGAGCCGUCAUCGAAGCCGGCGGCGACGUCGUGUGCCUGGAUCUUCUCCCCGCGCCCAGCGCCGAAGAAUGGGGCUCGGUCCAGAAAUUGGCCAGCGCGCGGCGCCUCCACGCAUCCUAUAUCUCGUGCGACAUCACCGACGAGGCCUCUACGAGCCAGAUCCUCGAGCAGAUCGCUGCCGAGGCGUUGGGCCGCGAUAUGCCCCUGCGGGGACUCAUUACCUGCGCCGGGAUCCAGCAGAUGGUGCCCGCGUUGGAGUACCCCGUUGACAUGUGGAGGAAGAUGUUGGACGUUAACGUGAUUGGCACCUUCAUCCCCGCCAAGCAUUGUGCUCGCAUCUUCAAGGAACAGAACACCCCCGCCAGCAUUGUGAUGAUUGCUUCGAUGUCUGGGCAGAUCGCCAACCGAGGUCUCACCUGCACAGCAUACAAUUCGUCCAAAGCGGCCGUCCACCAGAUGUGUCGCUCUGUAGCACAGGAAUGGGGACAAUAUGGCAUUCGCGUUAACACCUUAUCCGCUGGGUAUAUUCGCACCGCCAUGACGGAUGCCUUGCUCGCAGAGAAGCCGGAGGUGGAGGAGACAUGGAUGCGGGGUGCGCUGCUGGGCCGCCUGGGCGUGCCCGAGGACUUUAGGGCGCCCACGGUGUACAUGCUGGCCGAUGGCAGCGGAUUUAUGACGGGAGCGGACUUGAGGGUAGAUGGGGGACAUUGUGCUUCGGCUUGA